UUGGUGAUCAUAAGUACUUUGGAUGGAAGGAUUGCUGCCCUUGACCCAGAGGACAGAGGCCGGAAGCAGUGGGAUCUGGAUGUGGGGUCAGGCUCGCUUGUCUCCUCCAGCCUCAGCACGCCAGAGGUCUUUGGGAACAAGAUGAUAAUUCCUUCCUUGGAUGGAGACCUUUUCCAGUGGGAUCGUGACAGAGAAAGCAUGGAAGCCGUUCCUUUCACGGUCGAAUCUCUGCUCGAGUCCUCCUACAGGUUUGGAGAUGAUGUUGUUUUGGUUGGAGGGAAAUCCUUGACUACCUACGGGCUGAGUUCAUGCUCAGGGAAGGUGAAGUAUAUCUGUUCGGCCAUGGGCUGCCGUCGCUGGGAGGAGGAGGAGGUAGAACAGGACGAUAUUCUUCUCCUGCAUCGAACUCAGAAAACUGUUCGAGCAGUUGGGCCCCGCAGUGGCAAUGAGAAGUGGAAUUUUAGUGUUGGUCAUUUUGAACUGCGCUAUAUUCCAGACAUUGAAACUAGAGUGGGAUUUAUUGAAGGCAAAUUGGAAUCAAGUCUGAACAAAGAAGAUUCUAAAAUCAUUUCAGAUGUGGAAGAGCAGGAGGCUGCAACCAAGGAUACAGUGAUCAAGGUCUCCGUGGCUGACUGGAAGGUUAUGGCAUUUAAUAAGCACGGAGGACAUCUGGAAUGGGAAUACCAGUUUUGCACUCCAGUUGCUUCUGCCUGGUUGGUCAAAGACGGCAAGGUAAUUCCAAUCAGUCUCUUUGAUGAUACAAGUUACACCUCGAAUAAUGAUAUCUUAGAAGAUGAAGAAGACCUUGUGGAAGCUGCCCGAGGAGCUACCGAGUCCAGUGUCUAUUUAGGAAUGUACAGAGGCCAGCUGUACCUUCAGUCAUCUGUUAGAAUUUCGGAGAAGUUUCCAACCAACCCGAAGGCUUUAGAGUCUCGAAAGGACAAUGCUGUCAUCCCAUUGCCUGUGAUCAGGUGGAAACCCUUGAUUCAUUCCCCUUCCAGAACUCCUGUGCUGGUGGGAUCGGAUGAGUUUGAUAAGUGUCUCAGUAAUGAUAAGUUUUCCCACGAAGAGUACAGCAACGGAGCCCUUUCCAUCCUGCAGUAUCCCUAUGAUAAUGGUUACUAUUUGCCCUACUACAAGAGGGAAAGGAACAAGCGAAACACUCAGAUUACGGUCAGGUUUUCUGACAACAUGAACUACAAGAACACCCGGAAAAAAGAUCCAGUUCUUCUUCUGCACUGGUGGAAGGAAAUUGUUAGCACCAUCAUAUUGUGCAUUGUGGCCACAACUUUUAUUGUGUAUCGACUUUUUCAUCCACAUGUUCACAACCGACAGCGGAAAGAGUCUGAAACACAGUGUCAAACUGAUAGCAAAUAUGAGACUGUUCCUGGGCAGACCAAAAAUAACAACUGGUCUGAUUUCAAGAAUUCAGGAUAUGUGUCAAGAUAUUUAACAGAUUUUGAGCCAAUCCAGUGUCUUGGUUGUGGAGGAUUUGGGGUAGUUUUUGAAGCUAGAAACAAAGUAGAUGAUUGCAACUAUGCUAUCAAAAGAAUACGUCUACCCAAUAGAGAGUUGGCUCGUGAAAAAGUGAUGCGUGAAGUCAAAGCAUUAGCAAAACUUGAACACCCUGGUAUUGUUCGGUAUUUCAAUGCUUGGCUAGAAGCGCCACCGGAGAGUUGGCAAGAACAGAUGGAUGAACUGUGGCUGAAAGAUGAAAGUGCUGGCUGGCCACUCAGUUCUCCAAGUCCAGUGGAAGCCUCAUCAUUUAAAAUCAUAACGGAUCCCUUAUCUGCCAAGGAACAUGUAGAAGUUAUUGCAGCUCUGGAAAAGAAAACCUUGCUUUCCAUUCGGAUGCCUGGUGACCGGCUGGAUGCCUCAGAGAGCCAUUUCCUCCCCGUAGAGUUUGCUCCCAUUGAUGAUCACAGAGAACUGAGUCAUUCAGCAGAUCUCAUAACAAAUACACAAGAUAGUUUCCUCUCUGACUGUGAUAGAGAAGAUGGCACCAUGGAGAAAAAUGAUCCUGGACAUUCUCUUGAACUUUGCCCUUCAGUCGUACCAGCAGUCAGGGUGAGGGAGAGGACUUCUUCAUCAAUCGUCUUUGAGGAUUCUGGUUGUGAUAACACUUCCAAUAACAGAGGUGACAAAACAGAUUAUUCGCUUGCUUAUGGUUUCUGUGAGGAUAAACCAGUCAGCAGAAAGGGAUCUGGUCAUAGCAAGUUGUCCUCAGAAAGCCCGUUGUCUGUUUCUGUACAAAGACCAGCAGCCUUAAGCAGCCUGGACUUCUCUAAAAACUCUACACCAGAUGUCAAACCUACCUCUCCAAAAGUGUACCUUUAUAUCCAGAUGCAACUCUGUAGAAAGGAAAACCUGAAGGACUGGAUGAACAGAAGAUGUACAAUGGAGGAGCGGGAAAGGGUACAAUGCCUGUUGAUCUUUUUGCAGAUAGCAGAAGCAGUUCAGUUCCUGCAUAGUAGAGGGUUAAUGCACCGAGACCUCAAGCCUUCCAAUAUAUUUUUCACAAUGGAUGAUGUGGUAAAAGUCGGGGAUUUUGGUCUAGUGACUGCAACAGAUCAAGAUGAGGAGGAAGACUCUGUUGUCAGACCACCAUCCUCUUAUGCCCGUCAUACAGGGCAAGUAGGGACCAAGCUCUAUAUGAGCCCUGAACAGGUGUAUGGAAAAACGUAUUCACACAAAGUGGAUAUAUUUUCUUUGGGCCUGAUCUUGUUUGAACUCCUUUACCCAUUCACCACUCAGAUGGAGAGAGUCAGGACACUGAGUGAAGUCAGGAGCUUGACCUUCCCACCACUCUUCAUUCAGAAAUAUGCACAAGAGCACACCAUGGUGAAGCACAUGCUCUCCCCGAGGCCCACCGACAGGCCGGAAGCUGCAGAGGUGAUAGACAAUGCUCUCUUUGAAGACCUGGAGUUGUCAGCAAAACCGGUGCUCAGACAACGGUCAUGGACAAUAAGUUCCUCUGGGACAAAGCAUUCAAAUAAUCUAGCACAGUUAUAAACACAGAGACUGGGUCUUUUGGGGUAGGUGGAAGUAUUUAGAAUCAAACAACAUCUUUUGAGUUACAUUGAUAUACUAAAUCAUUAUUCCGAUGAAGCUAAACCACAUUUAAUGUUUUCAGUCUUCUGGAAUCAAAUAACUUACACAUUCCAUUAGAAACUUGAGCUGUCCUACUUGAUUUCUGAUACACUCUCCUGUGUUUCAAUCAUGGAAAUAUGUUUUAAGAAAUUGGAAAUUCUUAUGUACAUUUUUAAGAACAUGUUAAGCUGAGCCUGAUACAAAUCCUGGUUAUGUAAAAAGUCAUCUAAAAGCAAGGAAAAGUGUUUUUGAAAAGCCUCUUUUUGUCUUGCAAAUGUUUGUUUUAUUACUAGUAGCCAGCUCAAAUUGUGGCUUUUACUAAGUUUUUUCAUAAAAGUUGCCUGUCUUGGCAAUAAGGGCGUGGCUGUGAUUUCUGUUCCCACUUGCUCAAAACUUGUACUUUCUUAAACAUAACCCAUGAAAUCAUCUAGGUUUGUAGUAAAUUUAGUCCCAUGCAUUUAUUUAAUAAGGUGUGUUGAUCACUUAAUGCCCUUUAUCUUCAUUGUAAAUAUUUUAUUUAUGCAAAUAUAAAAUCAAUCCAUUUGGGUUGGUGGUGUACAGGAUGCACUUAGAACGAUUGUCAGGUGCAUUUAAUUACAGUGACUUCUUUCAAGUCUUAAGUGAUUUAAUAAAAAUUUUGUAUAUAUA